AUGUAUCAUGGAAACAAGAUGGAAGUGGAAAAUACUACUCUAAACCAGAACAAUAAAAAGCCUCCAACAGAAACAGGAACAUCUGUCCCUCACAAAGGGAGAAAGAAGCGUAGUGCUAUUUCAAAGCUAACAGAGAAAAGGCGCAACAACGAAAGUGGAAGUGAAUUUGGUUCAACAUAUUCACUUCAAUCCAAUGCAAGCAGAUUAACAGAGACCAAACAUGCAGAACUCAGUAAAACAGAAUUUAACUCCAACAGCAAUAAUGAUGCCGUUAUCAGUAAAAAUACAGCAUUGGAAAUAGUAACUGGGAGUGGAAAAUUUUCUGAUCAGCAAGAUUCUGGUAAAAACGACAGUAGCAAAGUCACUCCUAAACCCAAACCAAGGGAAAAGAAAAAUAAGAGUGUGUUACAACCAGAGGAGUUAUCUCCUCCUCCUAUGGACGUUGAUUCUGACAGUGAAGAUGAUAAAGAGGAUGGCAUCAGUAGAAAGGCACCUUCUGAUGCUACAAUACAUCGUUUUAGGGCCUUGAAAAUGGCAACUAAUGAAAGAACCAAUUCUGUGGAAUCCUUAAGAAAUAGUCCUUUUGCACCAAAACCUCCAUCUACACCACGCUCGGAGCAAAAAAGUAGCUCGAGCAAAACAUCUGUAACUACGCCAGAUAGCAAUAAAAAUGUAAACCCAAAAGGGAUUAAACAAAAAGGUGAGAAAAGGUUUCGUGAUCCAAAUUCUUCAGGUGAGGAACCAGAGGUAGGAGUGAAGUCUAAAAAGCAGUCUUGUUCACAAACAGAUUUAAGAAGUAUGGACCAAAAUCUCGAGCCAAAAGGGCCGAAUGAUAAUACUAUUGGAAUUCCUUCACCAAGAGGUGAUCCAAAUGUGACAAUAGAUUCAGAAGCAGAUUUGAAAAAAGACAUCAGCAAUAGAUAUCAGGAUAUUCUGAGCAGUGAUUCCCUUCCACUUAAGACUGGGAAGUUAGCACCGAUUACUUCAAAGAACCACCCUCCACCAUUAAGUGAAGAUAUCUCAUCGCAUGCAUUAAAAACUGCCUAUAAGACUGACUCAUCUUAUACACUCAAUAAGUACCUUGAGAGUGUGCCCAGUUCUCCAAGAGUGUCAGGCAGUCCUCUUCAGAAACCACCUAUCCAUCCACCAUUUGACACCAUGUCCCAACGAUCUAUGUCGUCAUCAGGGGUUCUCUACCAAAUACCUAUAGCAGAGGCCCGAGCAAGGAUGGGAAGUGGCAAUUCAAGUGUGACGUCCGAUAUGUUGGGCGCCUCCGAACUUGACCGGUACAUACAAGAUCGACGAGUCAAGGUGAUGAUUGGGAGCUGGAACAUGGGUGACCUUAAGGAGUUCAAGGCCAGCCUACAGGAUUUCCUCCUACCAGAAGCCAGUGACUUUGUCCAGGAUAUCUAUGCAAUAGGUACACAAGAAAACAACAUGAACAAGAAGGAGUGGGAAGUAAUUAUCCAGACCACCCUUGGUACUUCUCAUGUUCUCUUCUACUCUGCCACACAUGGAUCACUUCAUCUUGCCAUCUUUAUACGCAGGGACCUCAUCUGGUUUUGUUCAGAACCUGAGGAAGACCAGGUUACAACGAGGGCUGUAACCAUGGUGAAGACAAAAGGUGCUGUUGCUGUCUCAUUCUCAUUCUUUGGAACUUCAUUUCUGUUCAUCAAUUCACAUUUCGCUUCUAACCGGUCAAAUCAGACUUCUACUGAUUCUGGGAAGCUAAAAGAAAGAAUAAGUGAUUUUCAUAAAAUCAACACGACUUUGAAGUUACCAAAGACAUCAUCUGGAUCACAAUCUAAUAUACAAGGCCCCGCCUCUUCCAAGUUUGAUUCAGUUUUCUGGUUUGGAGAUUUAAAUUUUCGUCUGGAGAAAGGGCGGCACACAGUUGAGGAUCUCGUACAUGCUAUUGUGAAACAGGAACACCCUAACUUUGAAGACCUCCUUCAAGGGGAUGAGUUAGCACAGUGUAUAUAUAAAGAAAAAGCCUUCCAAGGAUUUACAGAAGGAAGAAUAAACUUCAAGCCCACUUACAAGUUUGACUUGGAAUCUGAGGCUUAUGACACAUCACCCAAGUUCAGGAUACCUUCCUACACCGACCGAAUACUCUACCAUUCAAAGAAAAAGAACUCUGUUAACUGUGUUCACUAUGAUGCAGUGAUGAACAUUCGAGUGUCAGACCAUCGUCCUGUGUAUGGUAUUUAUGAGGCUGCUGUCAAGCCUGGGAGAGAAAGCGUACAACUUGCUGCUGGGAAAUUUGAUCGUGAUGUGUUUAUGACAGCCCAAAGACGUCGAGCCCUCAUCACACCAGCCCCAGCACCUCAACCCUCCCAGAAGUCCAGUGGUGUGUGCUCAAUACAGUGA